AUGAAUACUAGUGAUAAUCAAGAUCAUACAAUUGAAUUUACGGAAAAAGAUCCUCUAAAUGAAAAUUUUGAAAAACCCAAACCAGUAGAAAAAAAGACAGUUAAAGAGACGCUUUUGUAUAUUUUUAACAAUGUGACUGUAGAACCAACAAUGUUCCUUUUUGUGUCACCAGCUCUUUUAACUAUAUUGACGUCACAGAACUUCGGUCUUGAAAAAGCUUGUCGCGUUAAUCUUAACUUUACAACAGAAAUAUGUGAUUCUCUACGAGCGCAAAAUAUAGAAAGCCAAAAUGAAUUUGAAAGGGACACACAAAAAUUAUUUACAUACUUUAUGGCUUGGAAGACUUACUUGUCUUCAGCUAUUCCUUGUGCUUUAGCUCUUUUUAUAGGGUCAUGGUCUGAUAAAACUGGGCGUAGAAAAGUUUUUAUACUCAUACCUAUUGCAGGACAAAUUCUUGUUUGCAUCAAUGGUUUGUUGAAUACAUACUUUUUUUGCGAGCUCCGUCUGGAACAUUUUGUGUUAAUUGAAGGACUUUUAGAAGGCUUUACGGGUGGUUGGUGUAUUAGUUUUGUGGCGAUCUAUUCAUAUAUUAGUGCUAUCACAACAACUGAAACGAGAACGUUUCGUAUGGGGUUAGUAAAUUUCAGUUUCUCAGUAGCGUUUCCAGUAGGAAUGAGCCUUAGUGGAAUAUUCCUUAAAAAUUAUGGAUUUUAUGGUUGUUAUGGACUAUCAUGUGGUCUGCACGCUGCAAACUUUAUCUACAAUUUCAUUUAUUUAAAGGAUACUGCAAAAAGUGAGGAUCAGAGACAGGUAGACGGCGGGGGCUUCCGUAAAUUUUUCCGCGAAUUUUUUGAUCUAACAAAUGUAAAAGAAACAUUUAAAACAAUAUUCAAACAAGGUUCUAACAAUAGGAGAGCACGAAUUAUCAUUCUGCUAAUUGUGGUUGCUAUAUUGUUUGGUCCUAUUCAUGGUGAAAUAGCAACUUUAUACAUAUCAACUAGAUACAGAUUCAACUGGGACGAAGUCAAAUUCAGCAUUUUUCAAACUUAUAAUUUUGUAACACAUACUAUAGGAACUCUGUUCUCGUUAGCCGUGUUUAAUAAAUACUUAGGCUGGCAUGAUUCCAUUCUAGGGAUAAUUUCCACUGUAAGCAAAAUUUUAGCAUCUUUUUUAUAUUGUUUUGCACCCAACGAGCAGAUAUUUUUCCUUGCACCAUUGGUUGAAAUUUUAAGUGGAACGUCACUGUUGGCGCUAAGGUCAAUACUUUCAAAAUUGGCAGCGGCCCAUGAAUUUGGUAAAAUUAACUCGUUAUUCGAAUUUACUGAAAAUCUGAUGCCACUGGUAUAUGUUCCGCUGUACACAAAAACGUAUGCCGCAACUAUGGAGGUACUGCCUGGAGCAGUAUUCCUUUUAGGAGCUUCCAUGACUCUUCCAGCUUUAUGUGUAUUCACCUGGUUUUUAUAUGAACACAGAAGAAAUUUGGAAAAAUCAGCCAAACAAAAUAACGCCGACAAAAUAACGUCUUAUCAAGAAAAAGCUGAGUAA